UUGUCAGUGUAAAGUUGGAGUUGAUUAGGAGAGGAGCAAGUUAAAGACUGCAGUCAAGUCGUUUCAGUUACUCUUCAGUGGAAGAACGUCGCUCGUUUCUAAUACAGUUGUGCUAAGACGCUCCAAGAGGAUGGUGGUAGCUGCAGGCGACGUGCGGACGGCCCUCCUCUUGGCCCUCGCGGCAACCCUUCAAGGGUCCUUCGUGGUUCACGCAAUUCUCAGGCAGGAUCUUUACCCCCAUGACGGAAUCGGAUCCUCGUUGCUCGAAUUGAACGCCGAGGGUCAGUUGGAGUCGGUCGAAGUAAAUCUCAAGACACCGAUCACCUUCUACGAAAGCAUUUACGAGACGGUAUUCGUCAAUGGGAACGGAGUCUUGUCGUUUUUGGCUCCGAUGGAGAGGUUUUUCAACAUCCCAUUCCCUCUGGACUAUCCGAUAAUCUCUCCGUUGUACACCCACGUUGAUACGAGGGGGUCGGGAUCCGUUCAUUGGUGGGAGACCGACGCGCCCGACGUGAUAUCGAAAGCUGGUGAUACGAUACGUCGGGUAUUCAAAAGUGGGAAAGAUUUUUACCCGAGUCACGUUUUCAUAGCGACUUGGAAGGACGUCGGCUACUACAGCGAGAAAAGCGAUAAAAUAAACACCUACCAAGUCGCGAUCAGUUCUAACGGAUCUCACAGCUUCGCCGAGUUCCUCUAUCCCGACGAGGGCGUUCAAUGGAUUCAAGCUGAUUUCCAUCCCAGCGGAUUACCCGACGCCAAAGCUCAGGCUGGGGUUGUUGCUAGGGACGGGAGGAUGUACACUUUCAAAGGAUCGGGAACAGAUCAGAUACAGAACAUCGACAAAUGGUCGAACGUCAACAACCCCGGACAAUGGGUUAUCGGAAUCGGUCCAAUUCCGGACUCCGCGAAUGUCCAGCUACCCGACAACAUAGAAGACGCUCCCGCUAACAACGAAAUUCCCAGCUGCCUCACCGGAGCUACCAGUUGCCACAGUAGAGCCGAAUGCAUCGACUACAGCGAGGGUUUUUGCUGUCUCUGCAAAACAGGUUUCUUUGGCAAUGGAAAGUUCUGCCAGCAAAAUGAUUUACCUCUUCGAGUCACCGGAAAAGUUUUUGGUUUCGUGAACGGACAGGAUUUCCCAGCUAAGGAUUUACAGUGUUACGUUCAAACGAAAGACGGAAGAACGUACACGGCGAUCUCUAAGGUUCCGGAAAUCAUUGGCUCAAAAUCUCAGCUUCUCAGUAAUUUGGGCGGCGCUCUUGGAUGGCUCUUCGCCCGAUCCAUAGAGAACACGAAAAACGGAUACCAAUUAACCGGUGGGGUGUUCAAUAUGACCGCUGACAUCGUCUUCACGAAUACCGGGGACAAGAUAACAAUCCGUUCGAGAUAUCUGGGCCUGGACGUCUUCGGUCAGUUAAAAAUGGAGGCGGAGAUCAGGGGAUCGUUACCGGAAAUGGCGGAAGACGCUCGUGUCGAGUAUGAGGAUCACGAAGAGUUGUACACGAAGACACAGCCGGGAACGAUUCUAUCCCAAAGCAGUAGAUCGUACAAAUUGAUUGGAGAUACUCCAGAAGUCGAUUAUCCCUUCACUCAAUCCAUCGUUAUAAACUAUCAGAGAUGCGAAUACGCCCCUGACGACGGUAAGGAGGACACUGUCAGACUGAAAUUCUCGAGGGGUUUGACCAGUUACGAAGCGAGGGAGCAAAUCAUACGGUUUGCAAUGAACACCAAAGUCGCUCCCCUGGAGGAAGAGGAUCCCUGUAUCCAGGGACGCACUCAUUGCGGGGAUCACAGCUCGUGUAUCGUAGAAGGGGACAGCUACAAGUGCGUCUGCAAUCCUGGCUAUCAAUUCCUCUACGAGGACGAUGGUAGCGCGAACUGCGUGGACGUGAACGAGUGCACAGCGGGUACCCAUUUGUGUUCCCCUGAUGCGUCCUGUAUCAACAACGAAGGAAGUCACCUGUGUCAGUGCUUGGAAGGUUUUUACGGGGACGGACGCACCUGCGGCAAAAUGCCAUCCUGCGAUGACACGGACUGCGGGGCCUACGCGGAGUGCAACAUGGUCGAAGGGACACCUGUAUGUUCGUGUUCGUCGGGCUUCGAACAAACCGAAGAAGGCUGCUAUCCGGUCAGGGAAUUAAUAUGCGACGACAAAGUUUGCUCUCCGUACGCGUACUGCGCCGAAGACGCUGCUCGGGGCACCUCGGAGUGCGUUUGUGUCAGCGGAUUCGUGGGAAACGGUUACAACUGCGAACCAGAUUUCGAGACAGCCUCGUCGACCGUUUCCUAUCAAACGGAACAACCGCCAACACCGCAAUGCAUUUUAAACCAAUGCUGGUGCCCGUCGGAAGAUGGAUGGAAAUAUCAAGAUGAUUCCUGCGUAAAAAUCAACCCCGAGGAUGGAUCCGUAACGGAUGGUUACAAUCGGCCCGAAACAAGCACCACAGAGCAAGAAGGUAGCUCGGACUUAUCAGCCCGACCGGUACCCGAAUGCCUUCAGGAGACUGGUGACUGUAUUUGCCCCUGGGGAUAUGCCUACGAUCGUCGAAGGGACAUUUGUGUUCCCCAACCCGGAUACAACCACGAGACGAUGGGUCCGUCUGGAUCCCGAUUAUCCUGCAAUGUCAUGAAUAUCUGCCAUCCCUACGCGCAAUGCGUUUUCGUACCGGAUAACAAGGAUCGCUACGAGUGCCAAUGCAACGUGGGCUACGACGGCGAUGGAUACGAAUGCAGAAAAACUGAAAUCACGUGCCUAGAAGUAGACAUCUGCGAUCCCAACGCAGCUUGUCGACAGGAAGAACCCACCGGAGCCAAAUGCGUCUGCAAUCCAGGAUUCGAGGGUGACGGAUCGACUUGCACGCCAAUCGACGCUUGUAGUCAAGACGCCGAUUGCGGUCAGAAUCAAUUCUGCGCAUACAACUUGGAGACGUCGAGGUACUUCUGUUCCUGCUCCCCUGGGUAUCAACGCGUAGACGAUGUCUGCGUGGUCACCGAUUGUUCGACGAAUCCUUCCGAAUGUCACCUGCACGCACAGUGCGUUACAUCCCCUACCGGCGGUUACAUGUGCGUUUGUUUACCUGGAUACAAUGGCGAUGGGGUUCGUAUUUGCCGAGAGGAUCACGUCGGAUGCAAUAUUAUCAAUAAUUGUGGAGAGAACGCCGUCUGUGGAUAUCAACAAGCCACCGGUAGCUACGCUUGCGAAUGCAAAGCGGGAUACUACUGGGAUGGUUUCAAUUGCCUUCCAGAGUCUUCGUGUAAAACCGAUCCCAGAUUGUGUUCCGCUGACGCGACUUGCGUCCCAGCUGGAGAGAACCGAUUUGCGUGUGUCUGCAACGCAGGUUUUGCCGGGGACGGUGUCGAGUGCAAAAUCAUCCCUCGUUACGACUCUAACAUCCUUUUGGUAAACCAGGGAACGGCGAAUUUGAGGAUACCAUUUUUCCCAACACCAGAUCAUCCCGGAAGUCUCAUCUUCAUUGACUUUAAGCAGAUGGCCAUCGGGCUCGAUAUCGAUUGCGUGAAUGGAAGAGCUUACUGGAGCGAUAUCACAGGGCACCAAAUUCGGUCAAUGACUUACAAUGGCUCGGAUUCCAAAGUUUUCAUAGGGGAUGUGGGCGGUUCCGAAGGACUGGCGAUUGAUUGGAUAUCGAGGAAUAUAUUUUGGACGGAUUCCAAUAAGAGAACGAUCGAGGUCGCGAACUUGGAGAGUAUGAAGAGAAAAGUCCUCUUCGUUGAAGGACUCACGAAUCCAAGAGGAAUAGCUGCUCACCCUUACAGAGGAAAGAUCUUCUGGUCGGACUGGAAUCGAGAAUCUCCGAAGAUCGAAUGGUCCAACGAAGACGGAAGUGAACGCGGAAUUUUCUUACAAAAUGAACAUGUUAAAGUGCCAAAUUCAUUAGCGAUCGAUUGGUCAACAGAUGAACUGUGUUGGGGAGAUGCUGGGCUAUUCGUCAUAAGUUGUGCAAACAUCGACACCCGUUCAAUUCGUGUUGUUGCAACAGAGCUGUCAUAUCCAUUUGGCUUAGCGAUAUCACAAAAUCAUUAUUACUGGACAGAUUGGAACACGCAAAAAAUUGAAAUCGCGUCGAAAAAUUCUGGCGAGAGGAAUAAGCCUCUAGAAAUUCCUCUCGGUGGAAGCGAUAAACUUUUCGGGAUUGUAGCAGUCCCCGAAUUCUGUCCUGAGGUUUCGAACGUGUGCCAAUACGAGUUUGGCAGAUGUAAUGAGGACCAACUCUGUCUUCCGGAUGGUCAGGGUGGACGAACGUGCGCGUGUGCCGAUAACGCUUCUGGUCCGUGCACCAACGAGUACCAGUCUUCGUAGAUAAGAUCCCUUGACACGAAUUUUUGUUUGCUGUUUUUUUUCGCUAUCUUAAUGUCGCGGUGUAAAGAUCAAAAAAGAGGCUAUUCACCGCUGUAUUCAAAUGAUAAAAAACUAAUAUUUUACUGUACGCCAGUAAUUAUGCAUGACAAGAAUUGUAUAAAAAUUUGUACUCUCAUUAAAUUGAGCUUACUGCAAGAAAGAUAAAAAGUUACAUGUAAGUUCAUACGUAUAAGAAAACUAAUGUCACCAGAUAGACUAGCUUCAAUAUGCUCAUGUUUUUCGUAAUAUCACUUUUAAAAAUAUGUUAUUUUGUAUUCCAGCUCUCACUGUGUAAAAUAGACUCUUAAUCAUGUAUGUAUUUAGUGUUAUUUAAUAAAAAUUUGAACGAA